AUGAACACCACCAUCCCAGGAGCUUCCAACAACACCACAACUCCUUACAUCUUGAUGACAAGCAGUCUAGAAAUUUGCAUCUUCAGCAUCAAUGUCUUGUUUGGUCUUCCUACACACUCCUAUGUCAUAUGGCUCAUCAUCAAAGGAACAGGAAAAGGAGUUGCAUCAGAGUUCUUCAACUUCAAUCUCUCUGUUUGUGAGAUCGGUGUCUGUCUGGAUUUUUUGUUAUUUACCCUGGCAAUCUGGUUUUUAUUUCUUAUUCCAUUAGGGCUGUUUUUACAAGGACUCACCAUCACUGGUCGUGCUCUGUUUCAGUGUCUGAUCUGUGUUGAGCGUUACUUGGCAGUGGUUCAUCCUGUAACCUUUCUAAAGUACAAACCUCUCAGAUAUAGAGCGAUCUGCUGCGCUGCGGCCUGGAUAAUUAUCUUUGGCUCCAGUUUGGUCUGCAUGUUCACAUUAAUGUCAUCUAAUAUUAAUGCACAUGCAUUGUUCUUUUCACUGCAGUUUCUUCUCUUCCUCUCCAUCCAGUUGUUUUGUCUUGUGGCUGUUCUCAGAGCUCUGAAACAGUCAGGACCAGGAGAGAAGGGAAAAAAGAGAGAGGAGGAAAACCACAUAAAGAGAAGAGCGAUUUAUCUCAUUUUAAUAACUACUGUGAAUAUGGUUAUCACAUACGUGCCAAUUAUUAUCUCAGGAGUAUUUAUAAUUUUGAGAAACAACUAUCAUUUAGCAUACUGGGCCCCUGGUUUGGUUUGUUAUGUGCUGGCUGGUUUUGUUCAGCCUGUUCUUUAUCUGCAUCAGGCUGGGAAACUCUCUUGCCUCUCUUGUUAA